CGGCUGCAAGGUAAGGUAACGAGGUUAAGCGCACCGUGAAUAACCAAAAGACGCUCUGACUGGCGUACAGGGAUGAGGGCACUAACAUUACGGUUUCCCUGCGUGUCAAGUUUACUCCUGAAAACGAAAAAGACCCUUAAUGUCCGUCUGGCGGAACUUGAUCUCCAUAGAGUUAAAAUACCUAUCUGUCUAGUUCCUUUUCGCCUAGGCAAUCAUCCCUUACAAAAGAAGGCCUCUAGUCCACAGACUUCGGUUGUUCGGCAAAAACAAAGAAAUACUAAAGACGACAGUCAUUGGAGCAGAUCGCGCAGGCAGAGAGCAUCUUCGACCAGCAACCCAACCCGAACGAAGCAUUGACGAUCACAAGCAGCUUACGGCGUCGUAGUGAGCACACGUAACACAAAACACACAACACACACUUUCAAACCGAACUGUCUUCUUCCACAGGCACCUCCAUACGCACAAUACGGACGAGCUUGAGCAGUUACAAGAACUUGAAACAAAUUGCCGGGGCAGCAUAAGAUGCGCUGGUGAUGAACCGGCUGCCAAUGGCCAAGGCCAGAUCUUCGUUCCUCGGAAGCAGCAGCUCCACGCCGCGUGCCAACGACAACGACGAGGACGUUGGCCUGUUGGCCUCUCACAACCAAGAUGUCGCUCAUGCCGCCGCCGCGAUAACAUCACCCAGGUCGGUGCCGGGAGACCCGGAGCAGCAGCAGCAGCAGCAACAUCAACAAACUCACCAACAAACUUCAGACUCGAAACCGCCCUCAAGGAGGCCACAAUCCCUACAAAACACAGAGCGCCGGCCAUCUGCUCUUCACUCCCCGAGCCUCACCGGCGAGUCGCGUACGCCCCGCACGCCGAACCGAGUACGCUUCGAUCUGCAGCCCAUCGUGGUCGGCGGGGGCGUCGACGCAGCAACAGCCAACAAUGGCCGCCGGACAUCCAACGGCAGCGCCCCGGGGGGUCCGGGACAGGGCCUCGGGGGCGAGUUCAACCACCCACUGCUGGCGCUGUCGUCUCCUUCGUCGCGUUCCAGCUUCGACAGCUACGACAGCGAGUUCGGCGUCGACUCGGAGCCCGAGAACGCCGAGACGGAGCGCCGCCUGCCGCUGCUCACCAACAUCGAGGCGCCCUCGGUCUCACUGGCCAACAGCGGCGCGGAAUGGGCCAACGGCGGCGCCGAGUGGGCUGAGGACCACAACCGGCCCAAGAGCGGCCUGCGCGCCGCCUUCAUGAACAUGGCCAACAGCAUCAUAGGCGCGGGGAUCAUUGGCCAACCGUACGCUUUCAAGAACGCGGGCCUGCUGGCCGGCGUCUUCUUGCUCAUCUCGCUGACAGUCGUCGUCGACUGGACCAUCUGCCUCAUCGUCAUCAACAGCAAGCUCUCCGGAGCAAACAGCUUCCAGGGAACGGUGGAGCGCUGCUUCGGCAAGCCCGGCCUCAUCGCCGUCAGCGUGGCCCAGUGGGCUUUUGCGUUUGGCGGUAUGGUGGCAUUUGGUGUCAUUGUAGGGGAUAGCAUACCGCACGUCUUUCUGGCAAUUUGGCCUGAUUUGCGCAACAUACCCGUACUUGGGCUACUGGCUGACCGCCGUGCCGUUAUUGUGAUUUUUACGCUGGGCAUUAGCUACCCGUUGACGCUGUAUCGUGACAUUUCCAAGCUCGCCAAAGCAAGCACCUUUGCUCUAGUGAGCAUGCUGGUCAUUGUCUUUACUGUCGUUAUUCAAGGCCUUUUAACCCCCAAAGAGCUGAGGGGCUCCUUUGACACGUCACUCCUGACGGUGAAUACGGGUAUAGCUCAAGCUAUUGGCGUAAUAUCGUUCGCCUUUGUCUGUCAUCACAAUUCCCUCCUCAUCUACGGAUCCCUCGAGAAGCCGACGAUAGACCGGUUCUCGCGCGUGACGCACUACUCGACGGGCGUGUCGAUGCUCGCCUGCCUCCUCAUGGCCCUCGCGGGCUUCCUGACCUUUGGCGACAAGACGCUGGGCAAUGUGCUCAACAACUUCCCGGCCGACAACACCAUGGUGACGAUUGCACGGCUCUGCUUCGGGCUCAACAUGCUCACCACGCUGCCGCUUGAGGCCUUUGUGUGCCGCGAGGUCAUGUUCAACUACUACUUUCCGGGAGACCCCUUCAACCUGAACCUGCACCUCAUCUUCAGCUCCGCUCUCGUCGUCAGCGCGAUGGCCUUGAGUCUGAUGACGUGCGACCUGGGCGUCAUCUUUGAGCUCGUCGGGUCCACCAGCGCCUGCGCCAUGGCGUACAUCCUGCCGCCGCUCUGCUAUAUCAAGUUGGCGAGUCGCAGCUGGCGGACCUAUUGCGCUUGGGCCGUCGUUGUGUUUGGCUGCUUGGUGUUUGUCGUGAGCUUAUUCCAGUCCUUGGAGAAGAUCAUCACCGGCAACGGAGGGCCGGCUGUCUGCAUGUAGAACAUAUUUGGAAAGACGAUAGUGUAUUAUUACUGUUUGACACUAUUUGAACAGGUAACCAAGCCGUGCUUGUUGUCCAUCGUGGUCUAGAUACGACAGAGCAUUCCUGCCUCCUGUGGUAUUUUAUGCCGGCCAGUACAUGAAUAUAAUCUCUUAGUGAACACCCAGUUUCAUGUCCUGGGAAGCAUUUCACCAUUUGAGGCACCGUUGCUCGAGCGGGAACUGAUCAGCCACCUGCGUGCGUAUCGGCAUAACCGCUCUACCUCCUGAUCAAUUUGUCGUUCAAGGGUCUGCCGGUGUGGGGAGCGGGGGCAAGGAAUUGGAUGCCAGCACAGCUCAAAGUUUAGAGAAUGGUGGGCAGGUGGUAUGCCCUGCAUGAGUGUGGUGCAACUGCCCAUGGUUGGUGGUCCGUCUCUACUAAGACGAUCAUAACCACAGCCACACGUGUCAGUUGAUGGCAGAAAUACCUACCUACGAAGUCCUACCGGUCCGAAGGAAACCAACUUAUUCUUAGUCCGAUAAAACAGCCUGAUUAGCUGCUCGGACUAAAACGAACAAUGGCUAAUGCUCUUCUCCUGUUUUUCUUUCUAAUUUAUCCCCUCACCGUAUGUUUCAAGCAAGAACAUUCUGCGCCUUCUUCCUCCUAAAACUCGGGCGGGUUAUUCGGGAAUUGUCGACGUAGGGGAUCCACGGGGGUCCCCUAGCCUGCAUACCUCCGAAACGGUCCAACGGGAUCGCGCGGAUUGGCGAGCAUGGCAGUAAAUGGAACUCUUGGUUCACAGAAACCCCCCACUCCAAAUCUGCAAAAAGACAAGGUUAGUGCUGCGUUGUUUUUACUGCGACUUUGGGUUCAUGGUCUCUGCGCCGGGUUCAUGCACGUAAACUCCGGUUUAAAAGUUAGAUGAUGCAGUGCUACUGGUGUAAAUGCCCCCUUAAAAAAUAGGGCGUGUAGC